UCUGUCGCGAAAAAGUUGCACGAACGCAAGUUAUCUAGUAAGGCUUCCUCUGUGAAUCAUUGACAGACGCGUGAGUUUUUGUGUGUGGAUGUUAGCAAUUAAGUGAUCAGCUAAACGGGGUUCCUCCCUCUCAGUGAGGGAUGGACAGUGGUGAGUGGCAGGUUGCACGGCGUCGUAAAGGGGCAGCACGUCGUGAGAAACCUGCCUCGACCAUCCAGCAACAUUCCCCUCAUGCCGCUGACAGCCACCGAGACAAAGAGCGAAUCAAAGAUGCCAUGAAUGAGUUAAGAGGUGAAGACUUCUGGCUGGAGUGGAAAGAGCUCUUAAAAAGCUGCCUGUCUGCCUGUGCCUUUGGGUCCUCUGAAGAUGGUGGAGGCGUAGUGAGCGAAACCCAGCUAGACUGUGUUUGUUAUGGUCUGGGAAGUUUCUCCACUUGCGUGUCUGCCCGUUAUCAGCUUGCCAUGCUUCUCAUGCUGCUGGACACGCUGCAGAUUCCGGUGGGUCGGUGUUGUGUCUAUGAUCCUGUGUUCUCGGUCUCAGAAUGUGAGACUUUGAGAGACUUGGGCCUCAGUGUUCUGACGGAAAAUGAGGAAGGCAAACGGGCAGUGUCUCGGCCCACCCUUUUUUACCUGAUGCAUUGUGGGAAGGCUCUGUAUAAUAACCUGCUGUGGAAGAACUGGAGCCCUCAAACCCUGCCUAAGGUUAUUGUCAUUGGCAACAGUUUCCAUGGCAUCCAGGAGAGGAUCCUGCAGAGAGAGCUCCAGAGAGACUAUAGCUUUCUUUCAGAUGUGAUCCCGGCGUGUGAAGAGACCAUCCUUCCCUGCUCCCAGCGUUUCUUUGAUGUGUUUAACGACACAGCGAUCAUCAGAUUCCCCGCAGAGAGCAUUCAGAGACUCCCAGAAUGCACCUGGACUCAGCCCCAGGAGCCUCAAUAUCAGCACUGUCAAGAUCUGGAGAUCAUCCAGAAAGAAAGAAGGAGUUGAAAAAAAAAAAAAAGAAAGCAAGAUAGAGAAGGAUUAGAUGUGUAAUGUUAUAGGUGUGAGACACAGAGUGGUAAUCACCCGAGAGAAUGAGCAAAAGGGAAAGAGAGAGAGAGAGCGAAAGAGAGAGAACAUUUCGAAUGAGUUGAGUCAUUGUCGGUUGUGUUAUUGCAGUAGAAUGGUACCAGAUGUCUCGUGGUACACUAAUAAAGUCAGUUGGAAUUUAAAACCUUGAAGCUAUCACUGGCCUUCAGCAAGUUAUGCACACACCAGGAAUAAACAAGAGUGUGAGGGAGUUUCUGUAAUCCCAGGU